CUUUUGAUCUCAUGUCCCUUUCCCAGAAGUUUAACAACUUCAGGAUACUAAAUAAUACACUGAAACGGAGAAAGGACAAUGAAAAAUAAAUAUGGAAAACUUUGCAUGUCAUGAUCAUGCAUACAUUCCAGCAUGAGGUAUGCCACUCUUUCCGACGCCCCACCUGGUCCGCUAUAAGUAUCAUGCAUCCAUGCCACCUUCUCAACAAGGCUGGCAAGACUCAGAAAAGUGGUCCAUGCAAUAAGAUGAGCAGAGGUGGGAGCUUUGGGGGUGGACACAGCUCUCUGGGUUACCUCUUUGGAUCAGAUGAGCCACCAAUCUCACCUUCUGGAUGUACCAAGUCCACCAAGUCUCAGAAGCCUCCAUCUGAUGAAGGUGGCAAGAAGAAAGCAGCAACCGAAGAGACUCCACCAGAAAAGCCCAUCUCCAACAACUACCACAGAGCGCAGGGCCAGAACUCAGGGAACUUCAUCACUGGUCGGCCUUCCACUAAGGUCCAGUCAGUUCCUGGUGGAAGCUCGUCUCUUGGCUACCUGUUUGGAGAUAAAUAAUGUGUGGUCAAGUAGCUUCAUCAGUGGUGUGAAUGAAAUAAGGGCAUCUCAAGCCCAGUUGUGAGUGGAUUUUGUUAAGUUAUGAUGUAUGAGACUCUGAAAUAGGUGAACAGCUGAUCUCUUUCGAGGAGGCUUAUAUGGUUGUGCCUCUCCUUGAUGGUGAGAACUAAGAGUUCUUUAUAGCUUUUAUUUCUAUUUUGAUAAACCCAUCCAUUGCGGAUGGGGUUUGGCAGACACCUACUUGCCAAUUGGUACGGAAAGGAUGGUACUAGAGAUACCAAAGAAACUCAGGUGCAACCUGAGUCUGGUAGUUGUGAACAGCUUUAGAGUGGUAUUUGAAGUUUGGUACUGCUGCUGUGUUUAUAGUUUGAUCUAUCUAUCAAUAUACAUAUUUACAACA